AUGUCACCAAGUCAAAUUGAAAAUAAACUAAUAGAACCAGAACCAGAACAUUGUCCUGGUCCAGAAUCUAAUGUAGCCGGUAAGGAUGAUGCUUGUAAAGGUUGUGCAAAUCAAGAAAUCUGCUCAAGUCAAAUACCAAAAGGUCCUGAUCCAGAUCUACCUGAAAUUAAUAAGCGAUUAUCAUUAAUAAAACAUAAAAUAUUAGUGCUAAGUGGCAAAGGGGGUGUUGGAAAAUCAACAUUUACAUCUAUGUUAUCGUGGGCAUUAGCUGCAGAUGAAGAUUUAGAAAUUGGUGCUAUGGAUUUAGAUAUUUGUGGCCCUUCGUUACCAAAAAUGUUAGGAGCUGAUGGAGAAUCAAUACAUCAAUCAAAUUCAGGUUGGACACCAGUUUAUGUAAGUGAUAAUUUAGGAUUAAUGAGUAUAUCAUUCAUGUUACCUGAUCAAGAUUUAGCUAUAAUAUGGAGAGGUGGUAAAAAGAAUGGAUUAAUUAAACAAUUUUUAAAAGAUGUACAUUGGGGAGAUGUAUUAGAUUAUUUAAUAGUAGAUACACCACCAGGUACUUCUGAUGAACAUUUAUCAGUUACUUCAUAUAUGAAAGAAGUUGGAAUAGACGGAGCUUUAAUUGUAACAACACCACAAGAAGUUGCAUUAUUGGAUGUACGAAAAGAAAUUGAUUUUUGUAAAAAAGCAGGUAUAAAAAUUUUGGGAGUUGUUGAAAAUAUGUCAGGAUUUGUAUGUCCAAAUUGUAAACAUGAGAGUCAAAUAUUUAAACCAACAACAGGUGGUGGUGAAGCAUUAUGUAAAGAAUUAAAUAUACCAUUUUUAGGUUCAGUUCCGUUAGAUCCAAGGAUAGGAAAAUGUUGUGAUUCGGGUGAAUGUUUUUUUGAUCAUUAUCCUGACUCACCAGCAUCCAAUGCAAUAUUAGAAGUUGUUGAUAGAUUAAGAGAUCAAAUUGAAUUAAAUUUAAAUAGUUUAAAGAUUAAUUAA